AUGCCUGCCCCUCCCAAGUCAAAUCACCCUUUGGCAGAGCCGCGCCUUUGCCAUGUGUUUGACCCCUGGAACUCAGCAUCAACAGGCCACCAGCUUGCCGAAGGUCAAAGGUCCCAAGGCUGGCGCGAUAUCCGUAACUUCCAAUUGAACAAGCAGUUUGGGGCAGACGUAGGAAAGCUCUCAAAUAACCAGCUAGGCAAACUUGUCUCGAGUCUCAAGCACGACGCUCCAGCUCGGCCCGGCAGGACCGUUGCUGACAUGUUACGCAACCCAGGGACCAUGCUAGUAGGCCCCAGCACCUCCAAGAAGCCAUCAACAUCAUCUUCAGUCCCAGAAUUAGUCCCGACAACCCUCCGCCCCGGUCCAAUCUCUCUCACCAAGCCAGCCACGAACGACCAGAAGAAGCCCCUGACAGCCGAAGAUCAUCGCUUCGCCCAGGCUCGGAAGGCCAAUGAAGAGGAUCUUCAGGCGGAGAAGACCCAGCGCGCGCGCGGCCGUGAGGCUGGCCGCCUCAUCUUCGAGGGCGUGGUCGUCUACAUCAAUGGCAGCACCUACCCGCUGGUAUCGGACCACCGUCUGCGGCAGCUACUGGCCCGGCAUGGCGCCCGCAUGUCGCUGCACCUGGGUCGGAGGAGCGUUACGCACGUCAUUAUUGGGCGGCCGGCGGCCCUGGGGCCGUCAGCUACUGGGAGUGUUGCUGCUGGAGGGGGCCUGGCCGCGGGGAAGCUAGAGAAGGAAACUCGGCGGGUUGGAGGGUCGGGCGUGAAGUACGUGGGUGUGGAAUGGGUAUUGGAGAGCAUCAAGGCCGGCAAGCGACUCCCCGAGUCCCGGUUUGCGAUCCUCAAAAUAGCACCUCGGAGACAGCAGAGUAUUCUCGGUGCCUUCUCGAAGCACGAAGACGGGAAUUCGCCGCAGCUACCCGCUUCGUUCCGGACUCGCUAA